CAACCAAAUGCUGAGCACAGCUGUUGCAUAUGCAUAUCAAGUGUGAUGUAACAAUCGUCUUGGGCAUGAAAACAAAUCCAUUUUGUGUUGACAAUAAUAAAUCAAAUAAAUUGAAGUGAAUUCGGGUUGCUGUUGCUAUUGUUGUUGUUCCAGGCGGCUUUUAAAUCAAUUAAAUCAACAGUAGAGUCGAUAACAAGCGUGCACAGUAGAAAUGUGCACGGUCCGCAUGCCUUGUGUGAAAUUGUAUGUGGUGUAGGGUAUCCCAUAUUCAGCCUGACCAACAACUGUUUGCAAACACUCAAACCUAUGUACAUACAUAUGCUUGUAUAUAUACAUACAUGUAUGUGUAUCUCUGACAUUCAAAAUGUUGUAUGUCGUGUAUCGCAAGCCGGCAAAUUGGUCGCCGAACGUCAAAGUGAGCGCAACGUGCGCCGCGUUUUGUAACUUAUGAGUUUUCAAUUAUCUAACAAUUGUAUAAAGGAGCAAUCAGUGUGUCGGCAUUAAUGCAAGAUAAUGACAUCCAAGCAGCCACCCAAUAAACCAACCCAACGAUUAGAUUAAACGCCUGCCUUGUCUGCAGGUCGUUUCCAAGAAGCGCAGUUCGAGUUUCUAAAAUUAAACAAGUUAAAAAGCAUGCAAUAAAAUAUGCAAGUCCGUUCAAAACAAGCGUAAAGAACUGCCGAUGUGGUUCAUUAUAAUAUCAACCAUAUCUUCGCAUCAGACUUGUUACGACACCUGAGGUUUCAUUGUGUUGCGUUACGUUACAUUGCGUUACGUGAAACGGUUACAAGAUGAAGGAAUGGCUAAAAAUCUCAUGCCUGCUAUGCGUAUUUGGCUUUGUACGCGAGAUCCGACCCUCUGAGCCCUAUGUCACCGAAUAUCUUCUAGGCCCAUGGCGCAACAUAACGGAACAACAGCUAACACAAGACGUUUAUCCAGUGGGAACAUAUUCGCAUCUGGUUCAAUUGGUUUUUGUUUUUCUUAUUACGGAUUUUCUGCGAUAUAAGCCUCUCAUAAUUACAAUUGGUGCCGCUGGCGUGAUCAUCUGGAGCAUGCUCAUUUGGACAACCAGCUUGGUGUCAUUGCAAAUAUUGGAAUUCUUUUAUGGUACUUACAUGGCCGCCGAGGUGGCCUACUACACGUACAUCUAUGCCAAGGUGGACAAAAAGUAUUAUCCGCGCGUUACCUCGCACACACGUGCUGCAAUGUUUGCCGGCAAGCUAAUCUCGGGCAUUACAUCGCAGCUGAUGAUAAAUCUGGAGCUGAUGAACUACAAGCAGCUCAACUACAUAACGCUAGCCACACAAAUUCUGGCCAUGCUGUGGGCGUUCGGACUACCCAAAGUGGACAAGAGCCUGUACUUCCAUCGUGAAGUAUAUCUAAGGGAGGCCACGCCUGAAACUCCCCAGACAAACCAGCUGCAACUGCAGCUGGAACCGCAGUUGGAAUCUGGCGAACCCGACGUAGCCAGCCAACAGACCACCGACCAGCAGGUCCAGUACAAUCCCAUGCGGCUGCUGUGGCAGCACUUUUAUAAUGCCUACACAAAUCCGCGAGUGGUGCAAUGGAGCCUAUGGUAUGCCAUUGGCCUUGCUGGCUAUCUGCAGGUCACCUACUAUAUGCAGGUGCUGUGGAAGGUUAUCGAGCCCGAGCCACAGAUUGCAUGGAAUGGUGCUGUCGACGCCGUGCUUACCGCCUUAGCGGCGCUAAGUGCUUUGGCCGCGGGAUAUCUGCACAGCGGUCGCUUGAGGCCGCGAGCCAGUUUGCUUGUAUUAUCAGUGCUGUCUGCGCUAGAAGGUGGCAGCGUUCUGAUCUGCUGCUGGACCCAUGAUAUCUAUUGGUCCUAUGUGGGCUUUGUAAUCUUUGGCGCACUGUACGGCUUUACCAUUACUGUGGCCAGCGCUGAGGUGGCACGUAAUCUGCAGGAGGACAGCUUUGGCCUGGUCUUUGGCAUCAACACGCUGCUGGCUUUGGUCUUCCAGUCGUUGCUGACCAUUAUUGUUGUCUCCGAAACGGGCUUUGAGCUCGAUGCUGUCGGGCAAUACACGGUCUAUGCUUUUUAUUUUAUAGCUGUUGCCAUCAUAUAUUUUAUAUCCGUCAUGGUAGAGCAUCUAUGGUAUCGCGGAGCGCAGCAAGUCCAGGAAAAAACUGAAAUUAUAGAUUAGAUCUUAGCAGUGGCGUAUGCAGAAAUUUGCAAAUUUUUAAAUGUGAGCUUCAAUAUUAAUUGCUCGCAUUCCCACAAACAGUUUAAUCAAUGAAUUGAAUGGAUCCUAAUGAUCGAGCCUUAUACGGGCUUCAUCAUCGUAAUAUAAUAAUAUUAGUUUUCUUGCUUUAUUUCUUAUUCGGGUUUUCUUAUUCCAAAUUAUUAAAGUUUUCAAAACUGUAUUUUCUGCGAAGUUAAAGUUUGAAAUCAUUUCCGCGUACGUCACUGAGUCUGAGCAUUUGUACUUAAUAGUUAUCUUUAAUAAGCUGUACCAUUUAGAUAGAAAUGAAAUAUGUUCCUAUGAGAAGCACAAAUUUCAAUCAAUAAUUGUAAAUUACAUUCGUUGUAGAAGUUA